UAGCUCAUGGCUCCUAACAUAUGUGUGUAUAAAUGUCGAUAACGUAUCUAGGUACAAAUAUUCAUAAUAAAGGUGUCUCGUUAAUCUCAGUGAAAGUUAAGUUAUCACAAUAAUGGUUCACUCUAUCAUCCCAUUUUUGACAUUCCUACCCGCUGUAAUCGCCGCAAUUGCUCCUUCAGGGCCAUACCAGCGACCAUUGAAGCAUCCCAAGAACCAACAUGAAAAUUUCAUUGCCUCUUCUAUUUUUGGCCCUUACCAACAUGAAAUACUCGGAUUUGAAGAGCCCGUUGCACUAAAGCCUACAUUUGAAUGGCGAACCUUCGCGGAAGACCUGGAUGAUGUGAUAUCCAACUCAGGUGGGACAUUUGCCCAUCUACCUGCUGUGGACUGUUUCGAUUCCGGAAGCGAUGGAACAUUCGAUGUGGCAAUUGUAGGCCACCCAUUUGACCUUGGGGUUACAUAUCGGCCUGGGGCAAGAUUUGGUCCCAAUGCAGCACGGCAAGGGGCUAGAAGGAUGUCGCCGAAUUUUGGGUGGAGGCAAGUUUGGUCUCUUGAGUAGGCUAUCGAGGACUUGAAUUCUGACUAUCAAUAGUAUUGAUAAUGGCGUGAAUCCUUUCCGUAGCUGGGCUACUGUCGUUGAUUGUGGGGAUAUUGUGAAUACGCCGUUUGAUAAGCAUCUUGCUUUGAAACAACUCGAGAAUGGCAUGAGUUCUAUCAAUUCGCGCCGUCCAAAGAAUGAUACGGAAGGAAAAGCGGUUCGGGCCAUCAGUAUAGGUGGUGAUCAUACCAUCAGUAAGUCUAUCUUAUUUUAUUGUCUUGGAGUCCUUGAAUAUUGAAUUGUUUUCAGCAUUGCCUAUCCUCCGAGCCCUUCAUUCGACAUGGGGACGUGUUGCUGUGUUACAUUUUGACUCCCAUCUUGAUACAUGGGAUCCUGCGAAACUUGGGGGAGGAUUGUCAAAGUACACUGACGUUAACCAUGGAACUAUGUUACACAUCGCACAUGAAGAAGGACUUUUGUCCAAUCAUAGCAAUAUGCAUUUAGGAACACGAUGUCCGCUCAUGGAUGAACAUUUUGACCUAGACAACGAUCUCAGGUGCGGCUUUAAAUAUAUUCGAGCGAAAGAGCUUGAUAAACUUGGUAUCGAAGAGGUGGUUCAAAGGAUUGUUGAUACCGUUGGUGAUGAGUAUGUUUACUUGAGUGUGGACAUCGACGUAUUAGAUCCAGCCUAUGCACCCGCGACUGGAACGAUCGAACCUGGGGGAUGGACAACAAGAGAGGUAUUUUUUCAGUCCUCACAGUAAGCUCACCUCACAAUGACUAAUAUUGCAUCCCAGCUGUUACAAAUCAUAGGUGGACUAUCAAAAGGAGGGCUGAAGAUCGUAGGAUCAGAUGUCGUGGAAUUUACUCCAGUGUAUGAUAAUUCGGCCGAAACUACUGGUAUUGUGGUUGGAGAGAUCAUUUAUGAGAUUCUUCAAUGGAUGGUGCAUGUCCCAGUCGCACCUAGGAAGUGACCAUAAUUGGAAGCUUACGAGCUUGGCGGUUGGACAUUUAUUGGGAGCUGGGUAAAAAAAAGCACGAAGCUUAAACUAUGAAUAUCCGUCAUGAAGUGGCAGAAUCUGAAGUACUAGGUAGAUCUUGAGUUUCUGCACGAUCUAGGUUGU